UUUUAUUUGGAUGACAUAUAAUAAAUAAUAAUUUGAAUCCAAUUUGCAUACUUAUAAGAUUCAUAUUGCAGAAAAAGGGAGAGUGGACAGGGAACACCAUCAUUCACCGCAGGUUUACUGAACUAUCAGGAUGUGGUCUGUGAGGGAUCUCGCUGUCGCAGCUCUAGUUGUAAUUGUCGUGGAAGGGGCUGUAGCCCUAGCCUUCCCCCUGUAUAAACCGGUCGCCCGUGACAACAUCGAGUUUGGUCCUUCGGGCCCGAUCGCCGCGCGGGACGGGACACACUUCUGGAAACAUUUAAUGCACCCCAAGUUUGAUAUGCAGGGUAGGCACAGAGGGAACACCACAGUGACUACGCACUGCUGCUUGGUGGCAGAAAUAUACAUUGCGGUGGUACCUGCCCAGGCUCAAUCUCACAUAUGAGAGACUUACCAGCAGUACCAGCAGUUCAUGAAGCCCACCGAUGAUAGCAAGUCAAGUUACGACUUCCACAAUAACGAUGUGUACAAACAGCCGAUAUCUUUAAUCCCGGCGGGCACACCUCCCCCUGCAUACGAAGAGAAUGUAAACAAGAAUGACCAGCGCCCCACCAAGACACAACAGGUGCUGCUACACGUGGAAAAUGCAGACUAUGUAAACAAUACGUUCAAUGAAAAGAGUUUUCGUGUUGGAGUGACUGAUGAUCAACAGAAAAACAUAUCAGAUGAAAAACACAUAAGUUUUAUCAUCACGUAUAUAAUAAUAACAAUAAUAAUUAUUAUUAUUAUUGCUGUUAUUGUUAUUAUUAAAUUUCGGGCUAUCAACAAGAAUCAAAGCUAUAAACCCCAAGCUAUGUCAUUGGUGGGAAAGAUUUUAAGGGAGACUAUUGAACAUGGCAGCCAAUCUGAAGAAUUAGGAAGAAUUCGAAGAUCUGCUGCAGAAUCUAUAGUCUAAAUAAUGCUAUAACAUAAUUGCGGCGGUGUGUUCAACUCUGGUGACGAACUGACUUGCUGACUUUCUACGCUGGCAGCACAUUGUUUGUAAAAUUGGUAUACAAUAUUUACCUGUUUUGUGAAAUUAUUUUUUGGUUUUGAGUGGUUUUUGAAGGCGGUUUAAUUUUUUGUUAAAAUUAUUUUUAUUCAAUGACAAACGUCAAUCAGACAUGUAUUUACGUUUUAGUGACCAUAGCGGCCAUGAACAGUAUUAUUUAAAUUAUUUAAGAACAAUGAGUUAAGUUUGUGUUUGAUAUUAUUUGGCGUUUAACUAUCACGCAAUUCUGAGGGUAGUCUGUUAAUUAUUCGCGGUACAAGGUCGGAGGCGGUCCGCGAGCCAUACGUGUUGUUCGCUUCCCGCUUUCCAGUAUUAUGUAUUAGUCUAAGAUUCGCACGCAGCAUCACUGCCCUGUUUUGUGCAAUGGCUCGUGUAUAUAUGGAAUCGUUAAUUUCUUUUUUAAAUUGAUUAUUGAAGAAAUAUCUAAUAAGAAAAGUAUAUUCGACAUUAAUGGGAAUAGGUGACAUACGACAAAUACUACACAGUCUUCUAUCGUUGUUUUUAAACUGGUCUCUUACUUUGUUGUGAACUACGUAUUUUAAAAUUAUUUGUAAAUUAUAAAUUUGUUUUAAAUAAGUUUUUUAAGUGCGACCAUAGCAACUGAGACUGUAAUGAAUAUAGGAUUCCGUCUAUGCACAGCAUCAAUUUAAUUUUAUACGAUAAUCGAUCUUUUAAAAUUAUAAUAUUUGUCAAGAAAUGUCUCAAUUUGGUACAGACGUGGUCAUUCUAGUUAAUUUACUGUCAAUUUGUAAAAGAAGAUAAGCGUAAGUAUCUAAAACGUCAAUGCUAGGGCAAUCACAUAAAAUGAUGUUAUGUUUGUUGUGUUCAUGAGUUACCAGAUUCAAUGAUUGUGUAUGUGUAUCAAAUGGGGAUUUAAUUAUCACGAGUUUAGUUUUGCUAGUAUUUGUAAACAUGCGCAAACAUUUAAAACAAGGCUACAUACAUUACUUAUAGAAAAGUGUUACUACACUAUACAAGAUUAUUUACAAGAUUCACUCAUUGUUAUUACUACAUAAUGUGUUGCUGCUAGAAGAAUAUUAAUGAAGAUACAGUUAUCCUACCUAAUAACUUAAUAUUUAUUGAUCACUUAAUACUUAACAUUUAGAAGGUUUAUUGUUUUGUUUCAGCUAUAAAUUUACUUAGUUUAUAAUUCUCUGUUCCUAUUCAUAUAUAUUUUAUUUGUUCUGUCAAAGGUUCCGUAUUUGCUUUAAACUUAAGUAUUACUAAUAUUCUAAUCUAAACAUCUAUUUUCCAAACAUUUAUAUGCUACAAAAGCAGAUGUCGGCGAACUCUAUCGUUAUUACUUAAGACCAAUGUACCUAUUUACCCGAUAUCAUGAAUAAAUUUUUUUAAUUUGACUUUGAAUAUAAUAAGUCCAGCAUCAUGACACCACUUUGAAAGAGAAUUAGAGGCGGAUUGCAAACGAGAAUGGGCUCUUUGUGGCUCUUUAUCAGCAGUUAUAAGACAAGUGUCAUCAACAAAUUGGUAGCACGUACAGUGUGCAAUCAUAUUACUCAUGCUGUUUGCAUAUGACAAAAAGUGCAAUGGGCCUAAUACGGGCCCUUGAGCCAUGCCCUCUGUUGAUAUUAUGGAAUUACUGUAAAUAUUGUCGAUCUUAACUGUAAACUAUCGAUUUCUGAGGCAGCUUUUACGUCAAUCGAGUAGCGGGCCACGUAUACCGCAAUCAUCAAGUUUAAUACAUUAAGUGUUUUAAUAUAUAUGUACAUGUAAUUCAUUAUUUUUAUAGGUUUUUGGGAGUAGAAUGCAUAUUCGAUAUGUGAAAAGCGAUUUGAAGUAAAUGUGCCAGUGUGUUUGUUGCUUCAAUUAAAAUUCGUCAUUCCCUCACGGUCAUUCCCACACUGCAUUUAGGAGUUUUGUCGUCAUUUGUCGGCGAUGUGUUAACUAGGGCAAUUAUUGUUGCCUCGGCUUACUUAGGUACCUUUUAAAAAACUUCAUCUUUCGCCUCUGGUAGACAACGUAUAUAGUCGUCACAAAAAUAAACAAAUUUGAAACAUUUGAAUCAAUAUUGUGGUGUCUCAUUACGGAUUGGUUUUACUGUUUCAAGGUAAACUAUUACAAAAUUUAAAAUUAUGAAUGCUACGCCAAAUUAAAAAAAGAGAACUUCCUAUUAUUUUUUAUUGU